AUGAACGGCGAGGAGCAGUACUACGCGGCUCCGCAGCUCUACAAGGACCAGUGCGCGUUCCAGCGCGGGCCGGCGCCAGAGUUCCGCGCUAGCCCGCCCGCGUGCCUGUACAUGGGCCGCCAGCCCCAGCCGCCGCCAUUCACCAGCGCCCUGGGCGCGCUGGAGCAGGGCAGCCCUCCAGACAUCUCCCCGUACGAGGUGCCCCCGCUCGCCGACUCCCCGGCCGCGGCGCUCCUCCACCACCACCUCCCCGCGCCUCUAGCGCUCGCCCAGCCGCCUGCCGGGCACUUCGCUGACUGCGCGGAGCCGGGCGUCCUGGAGGAGCCGGGGCGCGGCCAGCUGCCUUUCCCGUGGAUGAAGUCCACCAAGGCACACUCGUGGAAAGGCCAGUGGGCAGGCGGCGCCUACGCGACGGAGCCGGAGGAGAACAAGCGGACACGCACGGCUUACACGCGCGCGCAGCUGCUGGAGCUGGAGAAGGAGUUUCUAUUCAACAAGUACAUCUCGCGACCGCGCCGGGUGGAGCUGGCUGUCAUGCUGAACUUGACCGAGAGACACAUCAAGAUCUGGUUCCAAAACCGCCGCAUGAAGUGGAAAAAGGAGGAGGACAAGAAACGUGGCAGCGGGGCGGCGACCGGGGGCAGCGGGGGCGCAGAGCCGGAGCAGGACUGUGCGGUGACCUCGGGCGAGGAGCUGCUGGCGCUGCCGCCGCAGCCGCCCCCCGGGGGCGCCGUGCCUCCCACUGCCCCUGCCGCCUCCCGAGAGGGCCGUCUGCCUCCCGGCCUGAGCGCGUCACCGCAGCCCUCGAACGUCGCGCCCCGGAGGCCGCAGGAGCCCCGAUGA